UUAACAAGAUAAUGGAUAAUUUUCAAGAAUACAUAGCAAUCUUCUCAAUUUGGCUAGCAGCUACAAUAUUAUUCCAAGCCAUACUCACCAAAACUCGAUCAUCGAAGCUUCACCUUCCACCUAGUCCAUUGGCCUUACCAAUCAUUGGACACUUCCAUUUACUACAACCUUCUCUUCACAGAGCUGUUCAUAAGAUUUCAAACCGUUAUGGACCCUUGAUUCAGCUCUAUCUCGGCUCUAACCCCACGGUCUUCGUCAGCUCGGCUGAAAUAGCCAAAGAGAUCUUGAAAACACAUGAAGUCUGUUUCGCUAACAGACCUGCAAAUAUCGCAAUUAGUUCCCUAACUUAUGACAAAUCCGAUUUAGCGUUCGCGCCUUACGGAACCUUCUGGAAGUUCAUGAAGAAGCUCUGCAUGUCAGAGCUUCUUAAUGGACGGAUGCUUGAACUCCUCUCCCCGAUUAGGGAAGAGGAGAUCAAGAGAUUGUUGGAGACGCUUCGAAAGAAAGGCGAAGCGAGCGAGGCAGUGAACGUGGUGGAUGAGCUCUUAAAGCUAACAAAUAGCAUAGUGAUGAGAAUGGCUAUAAGCAAAAGCUGCUUUGACAUUCACAAUGAUGAUGCUGAUAAGGUGAUAGAAAUGGUGAAAGAAUCUGCCUUGUUGAGUGCAAAGAUUAACUUGCAAGAUCACUUUUGGUUUUGUAAAGGGUUUGAUUUUCAAGGCUUCGGGAAGAAAGUGAAGGAGGUUCGUGAAAAGUUUGAUAUCAUGUUAGAGGGUAUCAUUCAAGAACAUGAAGAGGAUAGAAGAUGUCAAAAGUCAACGGGAAAUACUGAUGGUGCCAAGGAUGUACUUGAUGCUCUUCUAACUAUUUCAGAAGAUCAAAGCUCAGAGGUUAAAAUAACCAGAGACAAUAUUAAAGGCUUCUUGAUGGAUAUGUUUGGAGGUGGAACUGAUACAACUGCAGCAACAAUAGAAUGGGCACUUGCAGAACUGAUUAACCAUCCAACUGCCAUGGAAAAAGCAAGAAAUGAAAUUGAUUUAUUGGUAACAAGUAGUGGAAAACCCAGAAUAGUGAUAGAAUCUGACAUACCAAAUCUUCCUUAUAUCCAAGCCAUAGUUAAUGAAGCACUAAGGCUUCACCCUCCAUCACCAUUCAUAAUGAGAGAGUCAUCUGAGAAUUGCACCAUUAAUGGAUUUCACAUUCCAGCAAGAACUAAAAUCCUCAUAAAUGUGUGGGCUAUUGGAAGAGAUCCAAAGAACUGGGAUAACCCUCUCGAGUUCAAGCCUGAAAGGUUUCUUGGAACGAAGGGUCAAACUUUUGAAGUUAGAGGUCAACAUUUUCAAUUCUUGCCUUUUGGAAGCGGUAGAAGAGGGUGUCCUGGAACAUCUUUAGCACUCAAUGUUGCUCAUACAAGCCUUGCUGCUAUGAUUCAAUGCUUUAAAUGGAAGGUUGUUGGGGAGAAUAUUGUUAAUGGUGUUAUUGAUAUGGAAGAAGGACCUUCAUUUAUUCUCUCAAGAGCUCAACCACUUAUUUGUAUCCCAAAAUCAAGGCUUGUACCUUUUCCAUCCAUCUCAUGAUCAUGGUAUAUUGCUAUCAUCUUAGUAGCCACACACAUAUAUAAGGAAUAAUAGUUUACCAAUUAUCUUGUUAUGUUGGAUUCAAUUGUCAUAGUUACUUUGUUCUUGAU